AUGGAUUCCUCGCUGCAUGAGGUUUGGCAAGCUGCUGCUGGCAGUCCAUUCUACCCUGCCAUCAACAAGGGGAGCCAAUUCUGGAUCAGCUUCCUGCUGUUGGUGUUGGGCAUCUUCUUGACCGGUGCCUUUGCUCUGAACCGAUCUCUCAUCAACGUUCCCGUGCUCGGCAUUCCUGCUUCUCUGGCCAUUGCGUAUGCCCCCUUGUCGACAAUUGCCCUCCCGAUUAUGGCGCUGACUUUCGCAGUUCGCACCGUAUUGAAGAUGGCACCCGAGGCUCAGCCCAUCUUUCGUGCCGUCGCCACAUCAACGAGACCCCUUCACCAGCUUCUGCGAUGCAUCAACUUUGCCCCCCGAGUCCACGUUCAGAUCACCGAGGAUGGUGUCAGAUUCGCGGCGGACCAUGCGAGAGUGAUGCAAGGGGUUGCCUUCCUUGAUAAGGCUCUUUUUUCAUCUUACACUGUCAACCUACCUACCUCGGAGGAUGAUGAGGCCAAUGAGCUUCCCAAUUUUCAAAUUUCCUUGUCAUCUGUUCUUGAAGUCAUUCAGAUCUUUGGGGCCGUCGACGUGGCAACGCGGGCUCAAAAGGCGGACCAGGACCCGUACCGCAGCAACCUCCGGAAUUAUCGACCAGAUGCAUUUAGCAACCAAACAUUGGGAAUAUCUGGGACUUGUACCCUUCUCUAUGCAGAAGAAGGGGACCCUUUCAAAAUCACAAUCGAAGAGUCUGGAGUCAAGACCACGGCCGCCCUGACCACCUACCUCCCAGAGGCACCUGAGGAUAUCCCUUUCGAUCGGAACGACCUCUCCUUCAAGAUUAUCAUGCAGUCGCGUUCUCUCCUAGAUGCCCUCGCUGAGAUUUCCCCAACGGCUCCUACAAAACUGGCAAUCACCGUUACCAAAACGUCGCCCUACCUUGCCCUCGUUGGCUCUGGGGACCUUGGCAGUUCCACAGUGGACUUUGCACGUGGCAAGGAUCUCCUCGAGACAUUCAGCAUUCAGGACCGAUGGUCACAAUGCUACAAGUUCGACUUUAUCAAGAGCUCCACGGAGGCGAUGCGGAUUGCGAACAAGGUCAGCUUGAGAGGUGAUGGUCAGGGGGUGCUUAGUCUCCAGUUCAUGGUAGAUGUGGAAGGGGGCAAGAGGAGCUUCUUAGACUUUCGGUUUGUUCCGUUCAUUCAACAUGACGAGGAUGAGGACGAGGCUGAGGACCAGGAUUGA